GGGGGGAGCUGAGGGAGCGGCGCCGCGCCCUGUGUGGAGAUGGAGGGUGGGGCGGCUCAGGGCUCUGAGCUGAUGCUUCAUUAUGUGGGGGGCUGCUCGGACAGGGCUGGAGUACCGCAAUUUGGGUGGAGGAUCUGCCUGGCACAUGAGUUUAAAGAGCGGAGGAAGCCGUUCGAAGCUACCGAUGUGUCGCUGUCGCAUAUGAUCGGUCACCUGGGCCUGGGGAUCCGGUAUUUGAAAUGGUGGUACAGAAAAACACGAAUAGAGAAGAAGGCACCAUUUAUUGACUCAUUUAAUUCCAUACCUUUGCGACAGAUUUAUGGGGCCCCAUUAGGUGGUUUUGGAGGAGGCACCAUUACAAGAGGGUGGCGAGGAGAGUUUUGCAGAUGGCAGCUAAACCCAGGAAUGUAUACAUAUGACACUGUGAUUGAGAAUCAGUUUACAGUUUGCUUAAGAAAAAAUGGGAAUACUGUUUAUCAGCAAGUUCUUUCUGUUGAGAGGCCACACAAGCUUCAAAGUUGGAAUUGGGGAUACUGUGGAGAGUAUGCUUAUUACCAUGCCCUUUAUCCACGUGCCUGGACAAUCUACAAUCUUCCUGGUCAAAAUGUCACUCUAAUAUGUCGGCAGAUAAGUCCAAUUAUUCCUCACAAUUAUAUGGACACUAGUCUGCCAGUUGGGGUUUUUGUAUGGGAAAUUGAAAACCAAAAUGACCAUGACCUGGAAGUCUCACUUAUGUUUACUCUGAGGAAUGGUACUGGGACCAAGGAUGAUCAGAGAGGAGGACACUGGAAUGAACCAUUCCAUUUCGAUAAAGAAGACGAAAGCAUUUCAGGAGUGUUGUUGCAUCAUUGCACCCCUGUAAAUAGCUAUACAAUGGCAAUUUCAGCGAAACAUGCACAAAAUGUAAAGAUUAGCCAUCAGACUGAUUUUAACCCAAAUGGCAUUGGACAAGAAAUCUGGAAAGAUUUGCUUCAUGAUGGGAAAUUGGAUUCCCUACCAGGAAAAAGUAAACCAACAGAUAAAGGACAAGUUACUGCAGCAGCUGUUGCAGCUAUCUGCACCGUUCCAGCCAAAAACCAAGCUGUUGCCGAGUUUUGUCUUGCGUGGGAUAUGCCAAAGAUCUAUUUUGGAUCAAAGGAAAAGGAACAUGCAAGAUGGUACACCUGCUAUUUUGGGACACAAGGCGAAGCAGCUCCUGCUUUAAGUCACUACUCCUUAACACACUACAAACAAUGGGAACAAAAGAUUCAUGACUGGCAAAGUCCAAUUUUAAACAAUAGCCAAUUACCUGACUGGUACAAAUCAGCUCUGUUCAAUGAACUCUAUUUUUUGUCUGAUGGAGGGACUGUCUGGAUACAGGUACCUGAUGAUUUAAAUAUAACAACUGGUAGCCAGAAGGCUGGAUUUCCGCCUCUACCCAAAGUGCUGAAGGAGUAUGGGCGAUUUGCAUAUUUGGAAGGACAAGAAUAUCGAAUGUACAAUACAUAUGAUGUUCAUUUUUAUGCAUCAUUUGCACUAAUCAUGCUUUGGCCCAAACUCGAACUUAGUCUCCAAUAUGAUAUUGCUGCUGCUGUAUUAAAAGAGGAUUGCAUGCAACGGAUACACCUAAUGAAUGGAAGAUUAGCAAAGGUGAAUACACUAAAUGUAGUCCCACACGAUAUAGGAGAUCCAGAUGAUGAACCCUGGGAAAGAGUUAAUGCUUACUUGAUUCAUGACACAGCUGACUGGAAAGAUCUCAACCUGAAAUUUGUUCUGCAAGUUUAUAGAGACUAUUAUCUAACUAAUGAUAGCACUUACCUUGAAGAUAUGUGGUCUGCCUGCCAGGCUGUCAUGGAGUCCGAACUAAAGUUUGAUACUGAUGGAGAUGGACUUAUUGAAAACUCUGGCUAUGCAGACCAGACAUAUGAUGGAUGGGCUGUAACAGGACCAAGUGCCUACUGUGGAGGUCUCUGGCUGGCAUCUGCCUGUGUUAUGUGCAAGAUGGCUGAGAUCCUGAAAAAGGACAGUGACUAUGAAAAAUACCAGGACAUACUAAGAAGAGGAAAGGAAGCAUUUGAUAGGAUACUAUGGAAUGGUAAAUACUAUAAUUAUGACAGUAGUAAAAAGUGCUACUCAAACAGUGUGAUGUCAGACCAGUGUGCUGGGCAGUGGUUUAUACGUGCUUGUGGCCUAGGAGACGGUGAAUAUGAGGUAUUUCCAAAAUCUCAAAUACUAUGUGCAUUGAAGACGAUUUUUGAUUUAAAUGUAAUGAGUUUUGCCAAAGGAUCCAUGGGAGCAGUAAAUGGAAUGAGGCCAGAUGGUACAAUAGAUACAUCCAGUGUCCAGUCAGAUGAGGUUUGGACUGGGGUUGUCUAUGGAUUGGCAGCUACUAUGAUACAAGAGGGACUCGUUGAUGAAGGUUUCAAGACUGCAGAAGGUGCUUACAGGACAGUAUGGGAACGGCUUGGCAUGUCUUUUCAGACUCCAGAAGCGUACUGUGAAAAGAACAUUUAUCGUUCGCUGGCAUAUAUGAGACCUUUGAGCAUUUGGAGCAUGCAAUUGGCACUAGACAAAAUGCAUAAUCAAAUCAACUGACUCCUUGGUUAGCUUCUGAUGAUUCUGGUUAUUUUGCGGUCAUUCCUCAUUUUAUUGUUUUGCUUUGUUUAUUGAGUAAUAUACUACUGUACCUCCAACAUAAUUACCACUAUUAUAUUGCUUUAUGAAGUGUUAAUAAUCUAUUUAAAGGUAAAUGGAUACCAUUUGGUUACUUAAUUCUAAGGACAUUUAGGAGUAAAAAUUUAUUGAGACCACUUGAUUGCCUGACUUUCAAUUUUAUCAAAUAUCUUUAAAAGUACCAACACAUUGCUGAGCUUGCAUACUGAAGUAUUGGCAUAUGUAGUAAACAAGUGCAGCUGAGCUAUAAUUGUAAUGUAGAGUAACAGACAAGUUAAAAUAUUCAAAACCAAAGAACAUCCUCAAAUUUACUGUGGCUCUUGAUAUUUAGCCUUUCAAUCAGCUCUGAUAAUUGUAAAACCAGGUGCUAAUUUUAAUUGUAAUAAUUUGGGCAUUGAACAACUAUUGUAGAAUGGCAGGUUAAUAUUUCUGUUCAGGUUGCUUUCAGGUGUAAAGUGUCAAUGAUAAUGGUGAUGAUCAUCUUUACAUAUUUUACUAUAUUUCAUUUCUGGAAGGCUUUGCUUUGAGCUUCAUCAAAAUUGAAAUAUGUAAUAACUGAAUAUGGAAGGACUGGAACAGCUUUUUUGCACAUUUAUUUAUACAAUCAAAGUAGGUUUAAAUGUCUAAAUGGUUGUGAAUAUGUUAAUUUGAAAUACUUCUCGGCAAAUUUUCCUGGUGUAACUGAAGUUUGAAAUAAGGCAUUUUUAAUUUUAGAAAUACCUUUUGUGUACAUGACAGAUUUUUAACAUCAAAAUGAAUACCUCUCUGAUUUAAAUCUGCAAAGAAUAAAUUUAUUUGUACAUUUUGAUUGUUUAUAUAUGAAUUGUUUUAUAGGAUUUUUAUUGACUUAAAUUUAAAGUAGUUGUUUAUGUAAUUCAGAAUGAAUUUGUUGGACCAGCCAUUUACUGAUUAUUGGUUGUUUAGCAUUUAUUUUCUCAUUAUAUAAAAAUAGUUAAAUCAACUUUGUGUAAUAAAUUGUAAGAAUACCUUACACUAUAUUCUGCAGAUGCUGGAAAUUUAGAAAAAGACAUAAAAUGCUGGAGGAACUCAGACAACAUCUGUGGAAAUGAGUUAACAGUCAACGCUUCGGGCCGAGACCCUGAAUCAGGAAUCAAGAUUAUCUAAUUUCAUGGGUUUCAGUGCUAAUCAGUGAUCGUUUUGAGAAAGAAAGAGGGAUUAGUUGUCUGAUUAUUAUCCCAGCUUUUGGUUUUUGGAAAUGAUUUUAAAAUUUAAUGCCCUGGUAAAUAUUUCAGUAAGGUAGAUUUAAAAGUAUCGCUAUAUUCCUGAUUUGUUUUUGUUCAUUUUCAUUGCAAUUGGGUCUACUUAUUCUGUCAUUUUAUAUUCUAAGUGACCCAUUUCUCUUUGCCUCUUUCUUUCCAAUCAGAUCUAUUAUUACUGUAGGACUUGAUAUAAUCUGACAUGUCUUUGCACUGGCCAAAGAAAAUAGAAGUGUACGUUAAACAUUUUUCAAUGAUGAUGCCCAGGGGCAAUGAUAUAUAAAAUGGAUCUUUAUUAAAAUUGCUUCAAUCAUCUUCCAAACUGUUCUUUUUAUUCUUCCUUUAUGACUAUUAGUGGUAAAAGUUGUAUUUAUAGUGCUGUCUUUAGAUUCUUUGGGAGGUGGAGAUUAGCCAUCUCCUACAAAUAAUGCAGAUAGUAGACAUCUGGUUAAUUUGCAAUUGCCCUGUGACUACUAUCUGCCAAAGGGAAAAAAAUGAAAAUGUUUUAAUAAUGUAAAAAGUGUGGAGAUUAACGAAAUAGCUGUGGUUCCUUAUUUGUAACAGUCCUCUAUUCCUUCUGAGGGUUGGGAGGGUUGUGAAGGCAUAGAUACAAUGAUUAAAGAAUACAAUUUGAUUUUUCAGUCUUUUUAGACAUUUGAACAAUUCUGUUGGAUAAAAUCCCAUCUGUAUCUUGACUCCAAUUGACUUGUUUCUAACCUUUUAUCAAAUGAAAUAUUAGCAGAGAAGGAAGCUAUGUGUCUCAUUGUCCAAUCCUGCUGAAAACGAGUUGUUUUGACUACCACUUUCCAGCUAUAAAUUUUUAUUGUACCUUAUGUUUGAUAAACCACCAUCUUUUCUUUUGGGAAUUCCAGACUUACUCCACUCUUUUGAUUUCUUUCUCCCCAUCAAAUUCCCCUCACUUUAUUCAACUAACAUAAACAUGUGGCCCUUAGUUUUUGACCUUUGGUUCUGAGAGGCAACACAAUAAGAUUUAUUAUCACUGAUUUGUAUGACAUAAAACUUGUUUUGCAGCAGUAGUAGUCGAGUGCAAAGGUAAAUCCUAAUUCUUAUUUGGAUUUCAUGGUUAAACCUUUCAUUGACUUCUUUGUUCAAAAUAACACCAUUUACCCAAACUUUCUCUGCAACUAACCUUCAGACCAAAUAAGAGGAUGAUUAACUUCCCAAAAUGCACGGUAGCUGUACUAUUUGUAUGUCUCUUCUCCCGGUGGGGGGGGGGGGGGGGAGAAGAUGACAGUUCUGAUUUGAUGGAGAUGGACGUGAGAGCACAGAGGAACAUCUGGAAAACUUCUGAAACGUCCGCUUCACUGCCGCUGCUACGGUCUGGUAACCAGAAUCUCCGGUUCUGAAGGCUCUGAAAUCCUCGGCUUUGCGUGUUUCAGCAACUGGGGAGGGGUCAAAGGCACUCGGCAGAGGAUGGCACUCGGGAGGCUGGUCGGAAGCUCGAAGUUUUCGGACGGAUGGACUCAGUCAGCUGGGGUCGGGUGCUUCCAAGUUAUCGGCAAGUUGACGCUGCCUGGAGGUUUAUGGCAGGGAAUUUCUCCCAUUUGCCACCUGCUAUCGGGAACUCGGGAGUCGAUCGACUUGGGACUUUGAGACUUUUUUUACUGUGCCCGUGGUCUGUUCUUUAUCAAAUUAUGAUAUUGCUUUGCACUGCUGUAACUACAGUUCGUAUAUAUUAUAAUCAUAUGGUUCUGUCAGUGUUAGUCUUUGGUCUGUACUGUUUUCUGUGAUAUCACUCCGGAAAAACAUUGUUGCAUUUCUAA